AUGGAACGUUUGGUGGGGACAAUCACUGAAUCCGUGACAUAUUUUUCAGUCGCCGCUUGGCUACUCGGCGAGCUCAAGAUCAUAAAUUCAGAGCUGGGACGACUGGCCCUAUCGGCGACAGCCGUAAGUGACUUGAGCAACUUAGUUCUAUGUGAAUUCUUUUCUUUGGUACGAUGUUGGGUUGUGUCACCGUCAUUGGCUGUGGGGCGGGCAGGAUCAACGAUCUUUUUCUUAGUUCUUCUUUUUGGUGUGGUUCGUCCGUGGAUGUUUUGGGUAAUUAGAACAACACCCGAAGGCUGGCCGGUCGAGGAAGUGUACAUUAUGAUCAUCGUGAUGUUAGCUUUAGCAUCUGGUAUGUUCACCCAUUGGCUCGAUCAUACUCCUUUACCCGGGGCUUUUCUCAUUGGUUUAGCUGUCCCCGACGGACCGCCACUAGGAUCUACCCUGGUAGAAAAGUUUGACUGUUUAGCCAAUGGUAUCUUUCUAGUAAUCUACGUAACCACUUCUGCGAUGAGAGUUCAUCCAAAGAAGAUGUUGGCUGAUCCGUCUGCAGUCAAAUUUACAUGCGUUUUUGUGAUUGCCACAUUCUUUGCCAAAUUUACAUCGUGUUUCGUAGCAUCUUGUUGGAGCAGGAUUCCAUUGAGAGACUACAUGGUUUUGUCAGAUGCAACUUUUAGUGUGUUGACCCUUUCCAUUCUAGUAAAUGCAACUAUAAUCCCAAUCCUGGUGAAGUAUCUCUACGACCCUGUUUUAAGAAAAUACGCAUGCUAUCAGCAAAGAAACAUAAUGCACUUAAAACCAGAUUCUGAGCUACGAGUUGUUGCAUGUGUUCAUAGAACUGAACAUGUCUCGGCCUUGGUCGAUGUGCUUGAUAUCGCAUGCCCUACGAAAGAGAGUCCUAAUGUUGUUUACGCCUUGCACCUGGUUGAACUAGUUGGUCGAGCCUCUCUGGUCUUCAUCGCUCACCAAAAGGACGGUAACCGAGUUGCCGGUUCCUUCCACCAUAUUGUUGCUUUCAAUAAUUAUGAGAAAAACAAUUGGGGAAUGGUCACAGUGAACGCAUUCACGGCAAUCUCUCCGAGUGAACUGAUCCAUGAGGAUGUAUGCACUCUAGCACUCGACAAGCAAGCAUCCUUCAUACUUCUUCCAUUCCAUAGAAAAUGA